AUGUUGCACUCUACUGAACGGAGAAAGUCGGCCGCUGAACGGCGCCCUAGCACAUCCUACACCCCACCAGUAAUUCCUCAUCUUGCUGGAUUGGAAAAACCACAAGCUCACACCCUUAAUAUGGACCACUGUGACAUCUUGAUUAUGGGCACGGGUCUCACCGAGAGUGUUUUAGCUGCAGCGUUAUCAUGGCAAGGUGUGGAGGUUUUGCACAUCGACCGUAACAAUUACUACGGUGAUCUGAGCCUGACCAUGACUAUAGAGCAGUUGAAAAAAUGGUGCCAUGAAGUAAAUCAGGGCAAGAUCCCCCACUUCCAGGAUGCACAAAUAUACAUUCCUGGAGGCGGCAGUCGUAUCAGCAGUAAAGAUUAUGGUAUUGACUUGACUCCUCGGCUCAUGUUUGCUCAAUCUGAUUUAUUGGCUCUUUUGGUUCAGCUGAGAGUUUACAGGUACCUCGAAUUCCAGAGCUUGAGUAAUUUCCAUGUUUUCGAAAAUGACAAUUUUAACAAGAACGUCUCCAAUACCAGUAAGGAGGAUAUCUUCACUGAUCAGUCGUUAUCACUCAAGACAAAGAGACAAUUGAUGAAGUUACUCAAGUUUAUCUUGGCAGAUUCUCAAGAUGAAUCCAAGCAAUCAGUACUUGCCGAAAACGCAGCCACCCCUAUUGCUGAAUUCUUAGAGAAGAAUUUUCAUCUUGAAACUCCUCAGAUCAACGAGUUGAUUUACCUGAUUGGUUUGUGUCCAUUAUCGCAGACUACGGCCCCUGAUGCCCUUGCCCGAAUCCGACGCUUUUUGACCUCAUUUGAUGUCUAUGGCAACUUCCCGGUGAUGAUGCUGAAGUACGGUGGUCCGGGUGAAAUUUCUCAAGGCUUUUGUCGGUCUGCAGCUGUGGCCGGCACCACAUACAAACUAAACACUAGCCUUGUUGAUUAUGAUCCAUCUCUGAAAGUGGCUAAGUUUAGCGACGGAAGUGCAAUUAAAAUCAACGAGAAGUUGGUCAUUUCCCCAUCUCAAAUUCCUCGGUUUUUGCAAUCAGGAUACUCCGAGAUCACUUCGAAGCUCAAACUUUCUUACGUUACUAGAAUGACGACUAUAGUCAAACGUGAUUGUAAGGAAUGGAUGACAGACAAUGAACCAGCUGCGGUAGUGGUCUUUCCACCUAAAUCGUUGCCCACUGGCAACAACGAAAGUGUCCAGGUAAUUAUUCAGAACGGUAACUCGGGCAUCUGUCCAGAUGGCCAAUCAGUUUGGUAUUCGCAGACUUGUGAGCAGGACUUGCGGAGGGCGAAAGAAGACUUGGAGAGUGCUUACGAGAAGAUGGAGGCUGCUUUGUUGCGAGAAACUUCGUCCAACCUUGACGAGGUACUUGAUGAGAACGAUUUUGUAUUGAGUGCCAACGGAACACCAUUGGUUGCCAAUUCUUUCAAGUUGGGCAAGUCAUUACAAAGUUUUGUUCCAAAGGAAAAGUUGGAGAUUAUUUGCAAAUUGGGAUAUGUUCAAAGUACUUUUGUUAAUCUUGAUUUGUCAAAUCAAAUGUUCCCUACGAGUGAGAAUAAUGUGUCAUUGGAUACCCUUCGCGAUGCUGAGGAUAUCGUGUUCACCAACAUGCCAUCUGCCGAAAUCAGCUACGAUGGAGUUGUAAGUGAUUGCAGAACCUUAUUUACAAGAAUCACAGGGUCCGAAGAUGAUUUCUUUGACGUUGACUUUGAAGACGAAGAGUUUGACGAGGGGCAAGGAUCUACAUCCGUGAGUGAAGCCGUCAAGAACGGUGACAUCCUUAUGAAAGAUCAUGAAAAUGCCAUUGAAGAUAGCGAUAGCGACGACGAUCGUCACGGACCUUUUGGAACCGACCUGAUGGAGUUAUAG